AUGAAAGCCCAGGUUCUCAAGAUCCUGAAUGAGGUUUUCCAGGCAGUUCAAGCAGCAGAGAUGGCGGUGCGUCUCAAUCCUCAGUGGUGGGAAGCACUGCAAACCCUGGGCCGUGCUCAGCUCAGCCUGGGCGAGAUAACCAUGGCUCACCCUCUUGUUCACCAGGCUUUGAGAAGUUUCCAGACAGCGCUGCACAUGUGCCCGAAUGAGAGCUCAUUGUGGGAGGAUGACCUGGCCUGGGCAUUGGAGCUGCGGAGGAAACAGCAGGAGGUUGGCGAGGAGGUAACUGCGGAGAGAAGGGUCCAGAGACAGGAACCUGGCAGGCAGCUGCCGGACUACGACUUUGAGAGCGACGAGCUGGUGGAGGCGUGUGCAGCUAUUGCAGAAAGGGACAGGCGUCCAGCAGUGACCAGAACCAGCAUCUUCAUCACUGCAUCGCAGGGAACGGAGUGUGUGACUGAGACAGCUGGUCGACCAAGACAGGGAGAUCAAAAUUUCAUCCAGGCACGAUAGCAUCAGCCUCUCGCUACGCUGCACGGCCCACUAGACAUCCAUGUGUCCCACUCUUUUUCUCGAAGGGUCCGUGAGUUCUCACUGUUUGCUGCCUCGCCCCGGGUGUGUGUAAUGGCAUCUCACUGUCCGCUGGAAUAAGUGGCCUGGUUUCUAUGGUAUCCUCCCCAUACACACUGGCUGUUUAUAAUCAUCAUUGCACUCAGCUUGGUAAUCGCUUAAACCAGUUUCCUCUCUUUCUACAUCCAACAGGUAUAGAUCGUUUGGGAUGGAGGAGGGGAAGAGGGGAAGUGUGCAUUUCCUCUUUAUACUGUUGACCUUGUGACAUUCUCCGUGUAGUUCCUGUGUGCUCUUUGCACUGCUUUGGUGUAUCCGAACCCUCAAUAACUGUCCCUCAAGGUGAUCUCCCAGAACCACCAUUACCACAUGGUGAUCUCCCAGAACCACCGGUACCACAUGGUGAUCUCCCAGAACCACCGGUACCACAUGGUGAUCUCCCAGAACCACCAGUACCACAUGGUGAUCUCCCAGAACCACCGGUACCACAUGGUGAUCUCCCAGAACCACCAGUACCACAUGGUGAUCUCCCAGAACCACCAGUACCACAUGGUGAUCUCCCGGAACCACCAGUACCACAUGGUGAUCUCCCAGAACCACCAGUACCACAUGGUGAUCUCCCAGAACCACCGGUACCACAUGGUGAUCUCCCUGGAUAUAGAUGCUCCCUCGUGGUGUUCCCCCAGACUUGCUGACUCUCAUGAUAAUCUCCCAGUGAUCUGAUGGUCCAUCGUGGUGAUCUUUCAAGAUCUGAUGGUCCAUCAUGGUGAUCUCCCUGGGAUCUGAUGGUCACUCAUGAUGCGUGCCCGGGAUCCGAUGGUCCCAAAAGGUGCUUUCCCAGACAGUCCCUUGUGGAGGAGGUCAGUUUGGACAGUCCCUCAUGGUGAUUUCUGGGGCUCAGAUAGUCCCUCAUGGUGAUCUCUCGUGUUUGGGUGAUCCCUCAUGGUGAUCUCUGGGGUUUGGGCGAUCCCUCAUGGUGAUCUCUGGAGCUUGGGUGAUCCCUCAUGGUGAUCUUUGGAACUUGGGUGAUCCCUCAUGGUGAUCUCUGGAGCUUGGGUGAUCCCUCAUGGUGAUCUCUGGAACUUGGGUGAUCCCUCAUGGUGAUCUCUGGAGCUUGGGUGAUCCCUCAUGGUGAUCUCUGGGGUUUGGGCGAUCCCUCAUGGUGAUCUCUGGGGCUCGGGUGAUCCCUCAUGGUGAUCUCUGGGGUUCGGGCCAUCCCUCAUGGUGAUCUCUGGGGUUCAGGCGAUCCCUCAUGGUGAUCUCUGGAGCUUGGUGAUCCCUCAUGGUGAUCUCUGGAACUUGGAUGAUCCCUCAUGGUGAUCUCUGGAGCUUGGCUGAUCCCUCAUGGUGAUCCCUGGGGUUUGGGCCAUCCCUCAUGGUGAUCUCUGGGGCUCGGAUGAUCCCUCAUGGUGAUCUCUGGGGCUCGGGCGAUCCCUCAUGGUGAUCUCUGGGGCUCGGGCGAUCCCUCAUGGUGAUCUCUGGGGCUCGGGCGAUCCCUCAUGGUGAUCUCUUGGGUUCGGGUGAUCCCUCAUGGUGAUCUCUUGUGAUCGGGUGAUCCCUCAUGGUAAUCUCUUGGGUUCGGGCGAUCCCUCAUGGUGAUCUCUGGGGUUCGGGUGAUCCCUCAUGGUGAUCUCUUGGGUUCGGGCGAUCCCUCAUGGUGAUCUCUUGGGUUCGGGCGAUCCCUUAUGGUGAUCUCUGGGGUUCGGGCGAUCCCUCAUGGUGAUCUCUGGAGCUUGGGUGAUCCCUCAUGGUGAUCUCUGGGGUUCGGGCGAUCCCUCAUGAUGAUCUCUUGGGUUUGGGUGAUCCCUCAUGGUGAUCUCUUGGGUUUGAGUGAUCCCUCAUGGUGAUCUCUGGGGUUCGGGUGAUCCCUCAUGGUGAUCUCUGGGGCUUGGGUGAUCCCUCAUGGUGAUCUCUGGGGUUUGGGUGAUCCCUCAUGCUGAUCUCUGGGGUUCGGGCGAUCCCUCGGUGAUCUCUUGGGUUUGGGUGAGCCCUCGUGGUGAUUUCUGGGGUCGGGUGAUCCCUCAUGGUAAUCUCUUGGGUUCGGGUGAUCCCUCAUGAUGAUCUCUUGGGUUCGGGUGAUCCCUCAUGGUGAUCUCUUGGGUUCGGGUGAUCCCUCAUGGUGAUCUCUGGGGCUCGGACAGACCAUUAUGUGAUCUCCGGGGCUCGGCCAACAUCUCUGUCAAUUGAUUGGUUUGUAUUUUGUGCUGUGCUUUUCCUUCACUGUCUGUAGGUUAACCAGGCCCACAAUCGCCAACUCUGAGUGGGUGUAUUCCUGAGGUAGUGUCACAUGACUACAAACCACCACACUCCCAUCAUUGGUCAACCGACACACCCGUGCUCAGUCAAACCGCUUUUAACCCAUCUCCAUUAGUUUUAUCAGUAAUGAAGAAAAGUGUUGAAAGAAAAUAAUCCAGUUAUUGUGUGUAUCAGUCCCUAGGAUUUACCUCCUGAUUUACUCCCACUCUCAUGGAGAUUAAUCUUCAAUUUGUGAUUACACCAUGACAUUCCCUGAGAGUUGGUGAUACUGGACUGGCCUGAAGCAUCUACAUAACCUGAUUUAUGCUGUACAGUAUACUUAGAAUAAAGUAUUACAUUAUUAACAGAUA